CGCCGGCACCCCCCGCGCUAGAGCCGCCCCCAUGAUGGACAGCCGCAUCCUGGAGCAUCCCCAUCCCCAGUUCGGGGGGAUGGUGGGUUUCCCUUACCCUCUCGGCCACCAUCACGUCUACGAGCUGGCCGGGCACCAGCUGCAGUCGGCGGCCGCCUCCGUGCCCUUCUCCAUCGAUGGAUUAUUGAGCGGCUCCUGCGCCGCCUCCGUCGUCAACCCGGCGCCGCUCAUCCCCUCGGGCUGCGGGGUGAGCGGGGACACCCAGCCCUUCAAGCUCGCAGACUCGGGUGACCCGGACAAAGAAAGUCCUGGCUGUAAGAGAAGACGAACCCGCACCAAUUUUACUGGCUGGCAGCUCGAGGAGCUGGAAAAGGCGUUUAAUGAGAGUCAUUACCCGGACGUGUUUAUGCGAGAGGCUCUGGCUCUCAGGCUGGACUUGGUGGAGUCCAGAGUGCAGGUAAAAAAACGUGUGUCCCCCUCCCCUCCGCUUUCCCCCCGCCUCUCCCGCCCUCUCCCUGAAGAGGUGGACGGGACGGAGAGCGCAAAGAGGCAAGAAGAGCAGAGAUGCAAAGGGCAAAGGGUGGGGGCAGCUGCUGUCAGGCACCCCCCCCCCCCCCCCCCCCCCCCCGCCCCCCCCCCCCGCGGCGCGGAGCCCCCUCCCGCCGGUGCCCAGCCCGGUCCCGGCCCCACGGACUCGGCGACGGGCUCGGUGCCCCCCCCGGCGCCGGCCGGAGCUUCCCCCCGCUCCGCCACCGCGCAAGCCGAUCCGGCGGCGGCCGCCCCCGCGGAAGGCGGCAGCUUCCCCCGGCCCAAAUCUCCGGUGCGGGCGAGGGAGGCCAGCACGGCCAGGGACAGAUCGGACUGCGGCCCCCCCGACGGCGAGGAGGUGGACAUGGACUGA